AUGACAGAGGUAUGCAAUAACUGCAAAAGUCUUUUGGGCCAAACUGAAUAUUACAAAAAAGAACCGUCUUCUCGGUUAUUAACAAAAGACGACCUCUUCUGCGUUUUCGCCCACACAAACGACUCGUCCAAAGUGUAUAAAGAGUUACCAUUCGCGGUGGAAACCAGCUAUUCCGGCCGUCAGAUUGUACGGUGUUCCGCCGUGCCACGUCACCAAAGUGUAUCACUCGCCGUUAAGGGAUGGACGGUUGAUAAUCGUUUCCUGGUGGGAGCCACAUACCAGUGGGAUAGGCUGGUUUACGACGCCGUGAUCGACCACGAUAACACCACGGUGGCGUUUGUCAAGGGUUUAAAUCUACGGCCAGGAAAAGUUGCUGACGUGUCAAGAUACGAGUGCGUGUACGGUUGGGAUUUAGCGAAGCCCAAGCUUUUGCUUAGGUCACAAGUUAUCUCUGCGGCCCAAGAGAUCGUACGGUGCAAAACGCCACUAACAGUGUUAACGGGCCCACGAGUGGCCCAAUCUCCUGCGGUUAAAGUCUCUGUGAGAAUCAAAGGAAGUGGGAUGCUACCUUCCGUUGCCCACCCAAUAAACCAUCCGGUUCGGGUCAAAGACUUGACCUAUGGUGAAGGAAAACAAUUCGAGACAUGUGUUUGCACCAUGACACGAAACGCGGCCAACGUUUUGAGAGAAUGGGUGAUGUAUCAUGCUGGAAUCGGCGUUUCACGAUGGUUCAUCUACGACAAUAAUAGCGAUGACGACAUAGUUUCCGAGGUCGAGAAUCUAAAAAACUGCGGUUACAACGUUUCUAGACACUUUUGGCCGUGGAUCAAAACUCAAGAAGCUGGGUUUGCUAACUGCGCGAUUCGAGCCAAACGCGAUUGUGAAUGGGUCGCGUUUAUUGACGUCGACGAGUUUUUUUACAUCCCGUCUGGUCAAACCUUAACCCAAGUCAUAAAAAAAUACACAACACCAUUAUCAUCAUCGGCUAGCAUGAUUGGUGAAAUACGAACGUCAUGUCACAGUUUCGGACCUUCUGGUCUUAAAGAUCCACCUCGUCGUGGAGUCAUGGCAUCUUACACGUGUCGUAUGUCGCAACCGGAGAGACACAAGAGCAUAGUUAGACCAGAAACGCUAAACACGACGCUUAUAAACGUUGUGCACCACUUUCAACUAAAAGAAGGGUUCACGUUUGUUGACGUUGAAAAGGAUGCGAUGAUAAUCAACCAUUAUAAAUAUCAGGUAUGGGAUAUUUUUAAGGAGAAGUUUAAAAGAAGAGUGGCAACAUAUGUAGCGGAUUGGCAGGACAAGGAGAAUGUCGGGUCGAAAGAUAGGACACCCGGGUUAGGGACACGACCCGUUGAACCGUCUGAUUGGGCUGAGAGGUUCUGCGAAGUGAGAGAUAAUGGGCUCAAGGAUUGGGUAUUGGAGAAUUUCGUGGACCGUAAAACGCAGCGUUUAGUGUGGGAGGAAGAAAGGAAUAUAAUGGUGGGUGAAGUUGUUGCUCAGAUGGAUUUGUGCUGAUGAAAUAAUUGGUCGGAAGAGGAAAAAGCAAUUAAAAACCCAAUACCUUUUUUUGUCUGAAUUUUUAAAAGCGCAAUACUUGCAUAUAUUUUCUUUUGUUUCCGAAUUUUCUAUGGUGAAAAAAUAAUGUAGAUACGUCCGGUAUGGCGGUAUGUAAUUAAUUGCUUCCCGGGAAAAGAAACAAACAAGUAUACUCUUUAUUUAAUAAAUUAAAUAAUACGCAA